AUGCUCACUGAACAACAAACAAUCGAAACCAAGAAGACCUCCAUGAUGGUGACUCCAUCUCCUCCCGUAUCUCCUGUAAAGUCGAACGGCAGCAUGGCCCACAAGAACGGCAAUCAUGAUUCAUCUGAUGCACAUGCACAUGUGUCAACUCAGGAAGCUAUGGAUCUGGAAAGUGAAUAUGCUGCUCACAACUACCAUCCAAUUCCAGUAGUCUUUGCGCGUGCUAAAGGAGUCAAUGUUUGGGAUCCUGAGGGCAAGAAAUACUUGGAUUUCUUAUCGGCCUACUCGGCUGUCAAUCAAGGUCACUGUCACCCAAAGAUCGUGCAGGCUUUGACUGAUCAAGCCAGUAAAGUUGCUUUGAGUUCUCGAGCGUUCUAUAAUGAUGUGUUUGGUCGUUAUGCCAAAUUUGUGACUGAGUAUUUUGGAUUCGAUAUGGUGUUACCUAUGAAUACUGGUGCUGAAGGUGUUGAAACCGCAUUAAAGCUCGCUCGAAAAUGGGGUUACAUGAAGAAAAAAAUCCCAGCUGGAAAAGCAAUAAUUCUAUCAGUCACAAACAACUUCCACGGCCGCACCAUAUCCAUCAUAUCCAUGAGCACAGACGAAGACGCAACCAACGAUUUCGGUCCAUUCGUACCGCAAAUCGGGUGUGUCUGUCCAGUCACUGGUCGAGCAAUUCGUUAUGAUAAUCUAGAUGAUUUGGAAGCUGCUUUGAAGGCACAUGGACAUCAUGUUGCUGGCUUUUUGGUUGAGCCUAUUCAAGGAGAAGCCGGUAUCAUUAUUCCUAGUGAUGGGUAUUUGAGCAAGGCUUACGCAUUGUGUAAAAAGUAUAAUGUCUUGUUUAUUGCUGAUGAGAUUCAGUCUGGGCUGGGACGUACAGGCAAACUAUUGGCUGUGGACCAUGACAAUGUAAAACCUGAUGUGUUGAUUUUGGGCAAAGCACUUUCUGGCGGAAUGUAUCCUGUCGCUGCUGUUCUAGCAAACAAGGAUGUGAUGCUCUGUAUCAAGGCUGGAGAACACGGUUCCACUUAUGGUGGUAACCCAUUGGCUUCUGCUGUUGCUAUUGCGUCAUUGGAGGUGUUGAGGGAUGAGCAUAUGGUUGAGAACGCUGAUCUCAUGGGUCGCAAGUUCCGUGACGCAUUGAUUGCUAUGAAAUCACCGCUUAUUCAGACUGUUCGUGGCCGAGGUCUCUUGAACGCCAUUGUGAUUGACGAAACCAAGUCUGACAAGACUGCAUGGCACGUCUCUCUUCUUCUCAAGCAUUAUGGUUUAUUAUGCAAGCCCACGCACAGGACAAUUAUCAGAUUGGCUCCUCCUCUCUGUAUCACUGAAGACGAACUGAAUGAAGGAAUUGAAAUCAUUCGACGUGUAUUUACUGAAAUCCCCAACAUGAAAAUCGAAGACAUACCUGGUCAUGACUAUUAA